AUGAUAUUUUAUAUCGUUUUCUUCUUGUUAAUUGAUAUCUUUAGCAGUCUAGAAAUAAAGGAGAUGGAUUCUAUGUAUUAAUAUAGCCAAGAAUCAAUUGUGAUAAUAGAAAAUACAUCAUCAAUUUUGAAUGCCUUUAGAUAUGGAUUAUGGUCAAAAUAUAAUCCUUUAACAAACAUUCUUUAAGUUGGAAAUGUAGGAUUAUUUGAUAGUGAUUGCUUUCUUUUACAUAGUGCAGUUGAAGAAUUAUCGUAAGCUCUAAAUCUUAUAUAUUAUGAUUGUAUAAAUUAUUCUUUAAAGAAAAUCCAGAAAAAUAUAGCCUUUAUAGAUAAUAAUGAAUUGUAACAUUCAUUUAAAAUAGAUAUAGAUCCAUUCGAGUAUGAAAAUGUUUGGUAUUUUUUUGAAAUUGUAUAAUGGCCAUAAUUAGAAAGAUUUGAGUUAAUGUUUAUUUAUAAAGAAGAAAUCUUCAAAGAGAAUUUGUAAAUUAAAUAUCCUUUUAAAGAUCUAAAUUUAUAGUUGAUUUUUGGAGGUGGAAUGAUAGUAACAAAUUCAAAGAUUAUAACAAUUACACCAGGUACAAAAUUUUCUUAUUUUCCUGGUAAAUUGAUUAAAGUUUAAUAUAAAUUUGAAGAGAUUUCUUUAGAUGAAGAUUAAGAAUGGUUAGCUAGAACAUAAUUUGAAUCAUACAAAUAUUGUAAUUGUGAGAUUAAUAAUAUAUUAAAACUUGAAGACAUAGCAAUUAAUUGGUUAGAAAAUCAAGUUUUUACUUCUUAGAAGAUCAACUGCAAUUCUUUUUAAUUAUCUGGAUGGUUUAAAAUUACUGAUAUAAUUUAGAAUUCUAAUGAAUUUACUUAUUAACUUAUCACUCUUAAAUCGAAUUUCUAAAAUUCAUUAGCAGAUAAAAAUCUAACACCUCUCUCUUUAUCAUAUAAGAUUUCUAAAAGUAAAAAUUAAGUCAUAAUAACAACUUAUAGUUAUAAAUUUCCAUCAGUCACCAUUAAUUUUUCUGACGAUCCUUACCUCAUCUAAAAAGAACUUGAUAUUACAAAUAAAUUAAGUCUAUGGUAAAAGUUAGAAAUUUAAUUUCUUGAAGAUUAAUUAAUGAUUAACAUUAAAUUUUAUGAAGGUUAUGAUAUUUAUGAAUAUAAUAUCUAAGAAUAAGUUAAUUAGUUUAAAUGUACUCAAUUUAAACUUGAAUAUGGUAAUACAUUAUAAUCUACUAUAAAUUAUUUAAAAAUCUUAAUAAGAAAUAUAAGAUUUUAUAAUUGUUAUACAAUUAAUACAUUAUAAAUUUGUCAUCAUAGUUGUCAAGAAUGUGAUGGACCAACUUAGAAUAAUUGUUUAUCUUGUUCACUUGAGUCAUAAAGAAUAUAUUUGCCAGAAUUCAAAGCUUGUGUAUGUCCAAUUUAUACUAUUGACUAAGAUAUAUGUUUAUCUUAUAUAGAUUCAAGAAUAGAAUUAUCAAAUGAAAGAAAAAGAAUGCCUAAAUGUAAAUAUGGUUAUUUUGAAUAUGAAAAUUAUUGUAUACAUUGGUAAAUUUAUAUUUAAUAUUUAAGUCCUUCAAUAAUUAAUGAUUAAAUGGCCACUUGUUAAGAAUGCUUAUAAAAUCCUUAAGGAUGGAGCAAAGAUCCAUAUUGUGAAUAUGAUUUAUUCUUAAAUUAAAAUGGUGAUGUGUAAACUAUGAUUUGGCAAGAUUAUAAGACCUAUUAUCUUUAUGAUGGAAAUAAUUUAAUAUAUUGUGAUCAAUGUAACUAGACUUAUUCAUUUUUUGUUGAAGAUUAAGAAGUACAAAACUUAGAAAUAACUGUAAGAUAAAAACGUAUUUUUUGUCAACUUUUAAUUCCUUAUUGUUAUGAAUGUUUGCCAUCUAUUAAUGGUUUUGAAUGCAUUAAUUGUUAUUAUUAAUUCAAACUAAUAGAUGGUAUUUGUACAUAAGUUAAUACCUAUUAGGAUAACUAGUUUUGUAUAAGUCCAUAUUAUAUCACUUCUAAAAGAAAAUGUAAUUUAUGUCCUAUACCUAAUUGUAAAUACUGUUUUGAAUAUUAAUAAAAUGAUUUAUCUAAAUGCACUCUAUAUAUUAACUUUGAAGAUUUUGAUUUAGAAUAGGAAAUAAAAAUAGGAUGUGCUUUAUGUGAAGAUAACUUUAUUUUUGAUUUUAUUACUGGAACCUGUUUUUUUGAUACUCCAAAAAUAUAAAAUUGUUUAAGAUCAUUUAUUUAUGAUGGUUAAGAAAUAUGUACAUUAUCAUAAAUUAAUGAUUUUAAUGUGGCUCCUGAAAUUAUUAAUUGUCAAUAACAUCUAUCUUAUUGUUUAUAGUGUGUGUUAACACCUGAAUUUACAAUUAAAUGUAUCAUUUGUGAGAUUGGAUACACUGCCUCUAUUUCAGAUGGAGGAUGUUAUUUAGCUAAUAAAUAUUUAUCAUUUAAGGCUUAAAUAAUGAUUGAAGGUGUUUAUUAAUUAAGUGAUGGAUGGGUUUAAAGAAUUUAGAGUUUUAUGAUGAAAUUUCUGCCAAAUAGAUAUUUCUACUUUUAAACUAAAAUGAAUUAAAUAGUUGAUUAAAUGAUUGUUGAAUGUUAAGAGAAUUAUGGUCUUAUUAAUCCUUAUUCUUGUUCUUCGUAUUGCAAUUCUUAAUGUCUUGAUUGUAAAUUAAAAGAAUAUGAUACUUAUUAUUGUAACAGAUGUCCUUUAAAUUAAAACUAUUAACCAAUACGAGAUUAAAUUAAUGGAACUUGUUCUGAAUGUACUCAAUUAUGUCAUGCUUGCACAUCCAGAACAAAUGAUGAAAUAAAUGUAUUUAUUUAAUUCAGUUGUAGAAUCAUCAACCAAAUUUUAUAAUUAAUGAUAACAAUUUUAAACAUACUAAAAAAUGUCUAAAGCCAGUGUAAGAUCCUAAAAUCUAUUUGGAUCCGUAUGAUUAAAUAGCUAAAUAUUGUUUUGAUGAAACUUGCUCAAAAAUAUUUACAUAUCAUUUUAUAAUAGAUUAUUGUUUUUGGUUUGAUAUAUCUUGGGAAUAAUACUUGAAUGUCAAUUAUUUUAAUUCAAUAGGAAUAGAUAGUUUGACUGUGCAUUUCACCUUUACUAAUUUGAAUGUAUAAUGUUCUAUACCUAGAUUUGAAAUUAAAUCUUAUCUUAAAACAAAAGUAUUUUCGCUUAAAUACAUUCAUUUCAUUUAUAGUUCUAGAAAAGGAUUGAUAAUGCAAAUUAGUCAUAUAAUUUAUAUCGAUAACAUUGAUAAACUAGAAAUCAACAACACUAUUCAUAAAAGUCAAAAGAAUUAUCAAUUUAUUUUGCAAAACAAUCAAAAAUAAAUUUAAUUAUCUUUAUUCAAUUUAACUAUUACAAACAGUUAAAUUAAAAAUACUAAAUCAAUAUUUCAGAGUGAUAUAUUUGGUGAUGUAUAGAUGUAAGAUGUGUAUCUCUUAAAUUUAAAUUUUGUUAACUCUUCAUUAUUGAAUUUAACUGAUUAUUUACUUUAAGGAAUUGUUUAAAUAGAUGGGUUUAUUAUACGAAACUGCAAUUUCCUUAAUUCAAAUUUAUUCUAAUUUAUAAAUAAUUAACUUAUUUUAUCUGUUAAGAAUUUAAUAAUAGAAGAUUGUGAAUUCACUAAUUCAUCUAUUUAUUUUAUUGAUUCUAAUGAUUGGCAAUUAAGUAGAUUAGACUUUUAUAAUAUUAAAAUAAAGAAUAACAAAUUUAUAAACUCUAGUCUUCUUCAUUGUAAGAAUUAAGUUUCUCUAUCUUUAAUGUACUUUUUAUUUGAAUCAAAUAAUCUACUAUAUUCAAAUUUUUUUGUUUCCAAUUAUAAUUUAUAAUUAUAAUACUUCAAAGUCUAAAAUAAUUAAAUUUUAGAGUCAUAUUUAAUUUUAAUACUAGAAAAAAAUGAUAAUUAACAUAUUAAUGUAAUUAUUAAUUAGUUAGAAGCUUCAAAUAAUUAAUUUGAGAACUCUAAAUUCUUUAAAUUAUAUACAACUUAGGAAUUUAGUUAAGUUGAUUUAUCAAUAUCAAAUUUAAUAUUUAAUGAAAUGACAACUAUAAUUAAUUCAGAUUAGAGAUCUUAUCUAUUUUAAAUAAGAUGUUCAAAAUUAAAAAUGUAGGAUUUUUCUUUAAGUAAUAUAAAAAAUCUUUUCCUUUUCUAUAUAUAUGAUAGCAAUGACAUUAUAAUUUAAAAUAUAAUUUAUGAAAAUUCAGCUUAAAUUUAUUAAGUACCAUUUUCAUAAUCAUGUUAAAUUACUAUAAAUGAUAAAAACCAAAUGCUGAAAAUAGAUAACUUUUAUACUCUAAAAAUCAUAUCUGUUUAAAUUAUAAAUUAAUUUACUAUUGAUGAAUCUUUUUUAGAUUUAUCAUAAAGAAAAGAAUAUUUAAAUUCAUCAUAAUUAGAAAUUUUAGAUCUUACUUUUAAAGGAAAUUUAUAAUUAUAUAAAGAAUCAACAAGAGUAUUUUCACUUUUUACUCUAUAUUCUGAAGGGAAUCUUAAUAUAUAAAUCAAUAGAAUUAAAUUUUAGGAAAAUUGCUUCCACUCAAUAGCUGAAAGUUUCUUUUAAUCCUAUGCUUCUUUAGUAUUUUUAAGUAUCAAAUCAAGUAGCAUUAAAAUAUUUAAUUUUAUAUCUGAAAGGAAUGCAUUUACCAAUUCAUCAAAUACUUUUAUUUACAUUUAUGCUAAUAAAAUAAAUAUCUAAAAUUUAUAAGUUUCUAACCAUAAUAUUUUAUCCACUGAAAUAUGGGAAAAGUUUUAUGGUUUAAAAUUAGAUAAAUAACUUAAUUAAUAAUAAAUAAAUUAGGUGAUAUUCUAAACCUUAAAUAUAUCAAAUAUAGGAGGUGUGGGUUAAAUAAAAGCAUCUAAUUUUACUUGUUUAAAAUGUAAUUUUUAACAUAUUCUUGCUUUAAAGAGUUUCAUUUUUGAAAUUAUGACUGCAGAUUAUGGAAUAAUAAAACUUUAUUAAUUUAUUGCAAAUGAUAUAACGGGUGAUAUGAAAUAAGAUUCCAAUAGUUCAGGUUGUAUAAGUAUCUUCUCUUAAGACAGCUAUCUAGACCUUGAAAUUUAACAGUCAAUUUUUAGGAAUGUAUCUAAUAGAAUGUCUCCAUCUAUUUUAUCAAUUUAGCCAUCCAAAAUAAGAAAUAUGAUACGUUUAAUUGAUAUUGAGAUUUACGAUUGUAUUUCCUUAAUGAAUCAAAUACUUUUUAUUCAAUUCUCUGAUUCUAAAAAGAUUUAUGAUAAGAAUACUUUAGAAUUACGAAAUAUUAUAAUAAUAUAAAAUAUGGAUUCAUGGCUAUAACAUUUUUCAUAAAUGGGAAAUCUAAGUCGUACAGAACUAUUACAGAUUUCAAGUAGUCAGAAUUCAUUAUUUUAUAUUGAAAGUUGUUCAAUAUCUAUAUAAAAUGUCAUUAUUGAAGGUUUGUAUCUAUCACCAAUAUUUUCAAUUAUAAAUGCACCAAAAUUAAUAAUUAUGCAAAUUUAAAUAAGAUAGAUCUAAUUAUUUUAUUCCUUUACUUUAAUAAAUAUAAAUUAAAUGUUAGAUAUUGAAACAAUAAUGUUCUUUUAGUAAGUAAGUAUAAUAAAUAAUUCAAUUUAUGAACCAGGACUUUAAAGAGUCUAUCUAUAAGAUUUUGAUUUUUCAAUUAAUGGAUGUUUUAUAGUAGCCAAUUAAUCAAAAAAGGCUUAAGCAUUUUACUAUUUAAAUUAGAUUCUUACUAUAAUAGAAGAACAUAAAUAAACUUAAAUUUCCUUAAUUUAUAUUUAAAGUCUAUCAAAUAAACAUUCUUUCUAUUUUAAUUAAAUAGAACUUGUUUCAAAUGAUUGUUUAUAUUGUAUUUCUGGAUUGAUUAAUUUUGAUUUAGUAUCUUUCCAAGCUAUUAAAAUAUAAGAACUAUAUUGUAAUUACAAUAUAAUUAAAUAAUAUGGAUGUUUAAGUAUUUUAGGAGAUAAUACUAUCUCUCCAUAAAUUUAAAUAUUAAGUUCCACUUUUAUGUUUAAUAGAGGAAGCUAAGGAGUUGCCAUUUCAUCAACUAAAUCCAUACUUAUCAAAUAGUGCAUAAUUAUUUAAAAUAUUGCAAUAUAAAAGGGAGGAGGACUAUAUUUAGAAUUAAAUAGUAGUAAUUAAUUUAUAAUUAAAAAUUCUAUCAUUGUUGGAAAUCAAGCAAAAGAAGGUGGAGGAUUAUAUUUUAUUGGAGAUAGUAGUUUGAAUGUAUAGAAUUUAAAUUAAACAUAUUUGCUUUUUAAUAAUGCUUCUAUUUAUGCUAAUAACAUAGUGGAAAACCCAACACAUUUGGAAUUGUUUAUUAAUUCUUAAGAAAUGAAAGCAGAUAAAGCAAAUUUUGAUUAAGUUUAAACAAGUAUUCUUAGAAUUAUACCUUAUUCUACUAUAGAAUAAGAAGUAUUAAUUAAAACAUAUUAUUUAAUGUUUCCUAGUGGUUAAAGUAUAAAAGAUUUUACUCUUUCAAUUCCAAAAAUAUAGUAAACAUAUAAAUAGAUUUAGUCAAUUGAACUUAUAUUAAAAAAUAAAUAUAAUGAAUUACAGAAAAAUAUUAUAAAUUCAACAUGCUUUAUAAGUGAUAAGAUAAUAACAAAGCAUGAAGAAUAAAUUAAUGGAAAUCUUCAAAAUAUUUAAUUAUUAUAUAAUAAUGAGAAAAAUAAUUUUGAUUUAAGUUAAAUUGCUUUUUAUUUUAAUCCAUAUGAUAAGGAUUACAAUUAUUUAGAAAUAUCAAUUACUUGUACAACAGAAGUAUAGAAAAAUUAAUUGAAAUAUAUCAUUAAUGCUAAAAGUUAUAAAUGUUAACUUGGUGAAUUCCAUGUUGAUAAUGGAUGUUAAAUUUGUUAAUCCAGUUAAGGUUUUUACUCUAUAACAUAUGAUACUAUCAAAUGUUCUAUAUUUGAUAAGGAGAAAUUUUAGGAGAUAACAUCUAAUGCAAUAAAAUUACAAGAAGGCUAUUGGAGACCAAAUUAUUUAUCAGAUUAUUCUACUUUAUGUUUUAAAAUAACAAGAUUUUGUGUAGGAGGAUGGGAUGUUGGAGAUGGACUAUGUAGUAAAGGACAUGUAGGUGCUUUAUGUGAAGAAUGUGAUAUCUAUAAUGUCAAAGGAGAUGGAUAUUACUUAAAAAAUUUACAAAAUUCUGAAUGUUUACCAUGUUUUGGAAUAUAAGAUAGCAUACUUCCUUUCGUCUUAAAUUCAAUUUGGUAUUAAGUUAUAUAGAUAUUUAAGGGCUAUACUUUCCAUCAUUCUAACAGUUAAAAGCAUAGUAAAAUCAAAUGAUUUAUUCUUAUUUCUAAAAGUCAAAGAAAGAUUUAGUAAAAUACUCUUUAAAUUAAAUUAAGGUAUAAUAUUUAAGUAUUGA